CCCUGUACUCCCGCUGGGCUGCGCGGCAGGCAGUGGGUGCGUGUGUGCGGCUUCCAGCACGUUUCUCCCUCACGUUCGCUCACUCAUCAUUCCUGCUUGUCGACGCUUUGCGUCAAGCGCUCGUCGCAUGCUGCAUGCACAUUGAUGCAUCGCUAAAACCGAGUCGGAGACGACUUCAAAGAGGAUUUUUGUUAGGCUUCCCGUCAUGAUUCUGUUCAGCUGCACACGUGGCUGUGUGCGAGGAGUCGCCGAGCGUUGCAGGCAGGAGUGAUUCGGCCUACUCUUGAUAACAGGUGAGUGUUGCCCUCGUCUCCUGACGUUAUAAAGAUUGCCCUACCUUUUACCACGAUGUCCAUGGCCGCCGCAGCGAUGGAGGCAAUCGAAGGAAGCCUCGGCGAUUUUAUCGACAACACCAUCGUGCGGUGUGUUUACGAGUACGAGGUCCAGAGAAAUGACAAGGACUCUUUAGUCAAGAGACACCUGGUGCAGAGUGUCCCACCUGUGAGCUCACCUCGUGGCUUUGCUGACAAGCACGAGGGUCGAAGGUUAAGUGGCAUGAACAAGAACACUUGGGGCAAGGCCACGCAGCCUUGUCGACAAGUUUCUGGGAUGCUGUCGUCUUCUGUGGCGGAACAAUCGUUUAAAGAACAGACUUCAGUUAUGCGACAGCCACCAUCACCGGCGUUAAAACAGUCGACGUCGACCACACAGCUGUCGACGACAGGGUUACCGCCGUCGACGACCGCGUUACAGCAGUUGACAUCGACGUCACAGCUGCCGACCACAGCGUUACACAGUUCAGGAAGUGAGUCGGCGACUCGCUUGGCAUGUGAGCAGGGAACUGUUGUCCACGAGCAGUUCCCUGACUCCGCCGUUUCGACGUCUGAAAACCCAGCCUCCGAAAAGAAGCAUCAUAAAGUCAAACGGCAGCUGCAGCAAAGGUACUACAACUCACAAGCAGAAGAGGCGACACAGAAAGAUGGGGCAAAAGAUGCCCCCUCACAGGUGGUGGAAAUCACCCCUAAUCUUGAACGCUUCUCCCAAGGAGCAGCAAAGAAAAGAUUUGCACAGUGGAAACAUGGAUUUCGAGAUGUUGAUCCUUAUCCAGACGAUGCUCCUGUUCCCAAGGAGAAAAUGGUAAAAUAUGAUCAUGGAGCAGGAAGUAUUCAGGUACCACGCAAAGGCCUGGGUGCUACUGUUCUCAAACACAUUAAAGAAGACAGCCAUUUUGCCCAGAUACAAGCAGCUAAAGCAGAACAACUAAAUGAUGAUGCAGGGUUCCUAGAGGUUGAGGAGGGCGAGGAUGCCUCUCGUCUGUCACAGCAUGAGAUUGCCAAAAGUGUGGAUGUCACAAGUGCUACGAAGUAUUUUGAGCUCAACCUUCCACAGUUUGGACCAUACAACAUCAACUAUUCACGCAAUGGCAGGCACAUGCUGCUUGGAGGUGCUAAAGGCCACAUGGCAGCUUUUGAUUGGCAGACAAAAAGGCUGCUGUGUGAGUUCAACGCUAUGGAAACAGUACAUGAUGUGAGGUGGCUGCACCAGGAGACUCUGCUGGCUGCAGCACAGAAAAGUGGUGUUUAUAUAUACGACAACCAGGGAAUCGAACUGCAUGCACUUACUGACCUGGAUUCUGUACUGAACAUGGAGUUUCUGCCUUAUCAUUUUCUUCUGUGCACAGCAAAUGCAAAAGGAUACAUGGCAUACACAGACGUAUCAAUGGGAACAAAGGUUUCUGGGUACAACACUGGAAUGGGUAGGCUGAAUGUGAUGUGCCAGAAUCCAGCAAAUGCCAUCAUUCACCUAGGCCACUUCUCAGGAACAGUAACAAUGUGGUCACCUAAUGUAAAAGGUUCUCUUGUCAAAAUGCUUUGUCAUAAAUCUGGCGUGACAUCUGUUGCUGUGGACAAUACCGGAAACUAUAUGGCCACGUCAGCCAUAGACCGCAAGCUGCGUCUUUGGGACCUUCGGACCUAUAAAAUGCUUCACAGUUACAAAUUGUCCAUUGGUGCCAAGUCUAUAGCAUUCAGCCAGAGAGGAUGUCUUGCUUUGUCUACUGGUAGCCUAGUACAAAUGUACAAUGACAUCUUACAAAACUCUGAGGGGCCUUUCCUAAACCACUUAUGCUCUGGAGCAGUGCAGCGGGUGCAGUUUUGUCCCUUUGAGGAUGUGCUUGGUGUGGGUCAUCUGAAGGGAUUCUCUUCCUUGAUAGUACCAGGGUCUGGUGAAGCUAACAUUGAUGCCUUGGAGGUGAAUCCAUAUGCAACAAAGAAACAGCGGGCAAAUGCAGAAGUCAGAAUGUUGCUGGACAAGAUCCCACCAGAAAUGAUUAACCUGAGUACCAAAGUCACGGAAAUUAGCAGCCAGCCUUCUCAUAGUGGGCAGAAGCAGGUGCCAACACAUAAAAAGCUUGGGAAGAAAGAAAAGGAACAGGAGAUGAGAGAGAAGGUGCGAGACACUCAGAACCGGAAGUUCACCCCGAAAAACGGCAAUCGUAAAUCAGGAAGUGACGCCAUUUUUGAUCGAUUCAAAAAGAAGGAAUAGAAUGAAAAACAGUUAUUGGCGUGGGAAUCAUUUUGUGCCGACGAAAAGCGAGGGACUUUGUUGAAAGUAAAUGGAGAAAGGGGAAAGAGAGUGUGUGUAUGCGUGCGCUUGUUUGUGUGAAUUGCAUUAACAUCUGUGACGGGUUGAGAAUAAUAACAGGGCAUUCUGCUUUUCUCAACAGAUCUGUUUGGUAUGGUGUGUACAUUUUAACUGUAGGUUCUGUAUAAAGUACCAGCUUCCAAGACUUUAAAGCCUUUUUUUUUUUUUUUGUUUUUUGUUGUUUUUUUUUUUUGUCCUCUGCAUGGAGAAUUUAGGCUUUGUCCAAUGUUGUACAGAUGACAAACAGCAGUAUUCUAUGAGGAGGAGCUCCAUGUGUCUUUUCAGUCAUGUUCAUUUCUUUAUCAGGGGAAAUAAACGUGCUUAAAUUCCU